CUACAACAGUGGCGACAAGGCGAGCGGGUGUCGUUUUGGAGGACAGAGGGGCGGAACGGAACAUCACUCACCAGGAACUCUGCCAUUAACGCAACAUCAAACAGACCGCCGGGUUCCACUGACCACUGUCCAGCGUGCAUCAGGUGUCAGUUCUCUCCGAAAUGAUGGGACUCUGUUAAUUGACUUGUCAGCAGUGUUGUUAACCGUCUGAACAAAGACUACCACUGAGAAACAAGUGCUCGUCAUUAUCAACGAAGGAUAUACCCUUAACGCAAGAGUGUCGUAUUAGAAGAGUGGGGCCAAUUCACAGUUCUAUGUGAAACUGUAAAUGGAUGAUUCACCGAUACGACUUUCUCUGGGAGUAGGGCAUGAACGUUCGGAUCAUAUGAUACGCUCAAGGGACGUUCUGAUACCUGUACCCGAUCCGAAGCCAAAGUGUCAUGUUCGACCUAUGUGAUUGCCGUUAACCUAGAUAGAUGCACGUCUAAGUUCAAUAGCACAACAGUAAAUCCGACAGGAGUCCUACAUUACAACCUUCGAUUUUACGCUUGAACUUUCAGAAAGACCACUUCAUGCACAGAAGAGUGUUCUGAAAAUUUUAUUAUUUUUUUUCCAUUCGUGCAACAUGUUGUAAAAAUGACUUGAUCAACUGUUUAGCAGUCUGAAUGCAUAGAAGUGGAUUAAAUCUGGCUUGAAGCGAGUGUGAGUAGACAUAAAAUCCCGCAUAACUAGCAAGAAAGAAACGGCCAAUGAACGAAGCCUUUGACGGUAUCUCGCCGAAAGCUAAGACUGUGAACUAGUUGCUGGAAGACCAUCUCCAAGGUCCAACUUCCUUAACUGAUUACGGAGAACUGGUCGUACGAGCAAGUGCAGAGAAUGGCUCACGUUGAUCUACGAGUACUUAUCAAACUUUUAGGUAUUCUGCUCAUUUUACCUUUAGCUACCGCAGCAGGUAACGCCACGGAAAAAGCGUGCCCAGUCAAGUUGAAGGAAACUGUUAAAUCGGAAGGGGUGAAGGCUGUUCUGGAGAAGCAUGACACGGCGCUUCUGAUGCUCCUCGGCUUUGGCGGUUUUUCCAUCAUCCUCGCACUCAUCCAUAACGCAGUAAGGAAAUACGUGUUUCACGAUGAGCACAACCUCGACACAACGUUUGACGCCGGUGGCAACGUUUCCCUAAGCCUCACUGCCGUCACCGUCGCCUCUCAGCUUUUCUGGCCUGGGGAUAUUUUGCACAGCGCAACAUUGGCCACAAAGAAUGGCAUCGCGGGACCUUUCUGGUAUGCUGUUGGCAUCAUGGCGAAUAUCUUCGUGUUCCCUAUGCUGUCUGUACAGUUCAAAACACGGGCACCGGGAGCCAAGACAUACUUGCAGAUCAUUCACGCACGGUUCGGCUCCGUGGCCCACAAGGUGUUCUGCGUGUUUGCUCUCCUCACCAACCUCGUCAUCACCAUCGGCAUCAUCCUUGCUGGACAGGCAGUCAUUCAGUCCCUCACGAAGAACACCUCGGACGAGUUCUCAGUCCUCAUCAUGGCGACUCUCUUCGGCUCCUACUCCCUCAUCGGCGGCCUUGGCACCACCUUCUACGUCUCCUACUUCAACGCCUGCCUCGUCUUCAUCCUUCUCAUCGUGUUCGUGGUGAAGAUCCUCCACAACUCGGAAUCACAGUUUGAUAGCGUAGGCAACGUGGAGAAAAUGUACGAGGCGGUGUCGUGCAUCAAGGCGUCUGACGACACCGAGUACGGCUACCUCUCCUUCAGGUCCAUGUCGGCGUUCCUGUACGGCAUCAUCGAGGUGUUCGUGUCGUCAGCUGUCACGUACUGCGACCAGGCAUCCUGGCAGAGCAGGAUUGCGGCUAAGCCCGUGCAGGGCGUGUGGGGUUUCAUCCUGGCAGGGUUCAUGUGGUUCUCCAUCCCUUCAACGAUGGCGACGACGACAGGGAUGGCCUACCUCGCCAUCAGCUCCACCAACGGAAGUCACAUGCUCCUUCCGGGAGAAAUAGAUGAAGGUCUGGUGACGCCCCUGAUAGCGGAGAAGAUUCUGGGGUCGGCGGGAGGAAUACUUGUCCUGACUAUGGGAGCAAUGGCGUUGAUGUCGACGGGGUCGGGAGAGGUGAUGGCUAUCUCUUCCAUCAUCGUCUACGACAUCUACCAGACAUACAUCAACCCCUUCAGAUAUAACCUGAAAAGUGUGCACUGUAUAUUGUGCGGAAGGGUAAAACGUGAAUCUGUGACCCAACAGAACAAUGACGGGGAGGACUUCUGCGCAUGCGUUGACGCCACUCGUUGCCACCAUUGUGUGACGGACUUGCAGAAAUACAGUAGCAAAAAGUCCUACUCGGCGACCGAGAGUUAUAAAUGCCCAACACACGGCAAGUACCGCGAAUAUCAGGACUACCUCAUUAACUUCAAGAACAUGUGCAUUGUCUGGGUCACGAUCGGCAUUAUCCCUCUGGGACUGGUUGUGUUCGAAUCAGGCAUGGAUCUCAACUGGAUCUUCUAUUCCGGCGCCAUAGCAACCAUCCCGUGUUUCCCGCCAGUCCUUCUGUCCAUUCUGUGGGUGAAGGCCACGGGGAAAGGGCUUAUUGCAGGCAGUCUAUGCGGGCUCGUGUGUGGAAUCAGCGCUACACUGAUAGCAGCAUCCUUCUAUGAAGGGGGUCUCAACAAAUUCCUCCUAAACACUGUCCAAGACUACGCCAUCCUCGCUGGGACGUCUAGCAGCUUCGGCGUCAGCCUCAUCGUCUGCAUCCUUGGCUCUCUGAUGACGCACAAGAUCUCGUCCACCGAGGACGAGAAUCACGAAUGGUACAAGAUGUACGACAUCGACAACCCCUUGAACCCCUGGGAGUUGAACUACCGUGAGGAUUUGAAGGGCUACGAGUAUCAAGGGAGACCAUCCUUCGACCAGAUGUUCAGCGCGUUCAAGUCGGCCAAAACCACAGCCUACAUCGCUGGGAGUUGUGCCAUUGCCCUUUUCGCUUUGGUGAUUCCUUGCAUCAUGGCUAGCUUUCCCAAUAUGGAUUUUACCCAGUUUUCUAUGUGGGUGACAUUCACUCAAAUCUGGGCCAUCGUCAUGGCAAUAAUUGUCAUCGUUGCACCCCCAGCCGAGGAGAUCUCACGGAUCAUUAAGCAGUGUAGGAAAAACAAGGGCAUGGAUACGCAGGUGAUAAAGAGCCCUAUACCAGAAUGCAAUGAACUUAUUGUGAAGGAUUACGACAUUGUUGGGAACAGUGACCAGCCUACGCAUGUAUGAAGCUGUACGCCACGGAACAUGACAAUAGCUAAUUGUUUUGUUCGGAUUCUUGGUUGUGACUUAGCUGUAUUUUGGAGGUAGGACAACAACCUCACAAAUUCUCUCGUAAGUGCGGGUUAUGGUUUUCAAUGAAAUAUGAUGCGGAGCGGUUAUCAAGAACGUGACUGAAUGUCCUCCAAAAACCAAAAUGGCCACCAGACCGGACAUCAGCCACCGGAAGUGACGUCAUCGCGCAUCGCGCAUGCCAAAAAAAAUGGUUGUCCUGUUUGUGUAAAUGAAUACUGUAUUCACUGGGGUCUCCAUCUCCAACCAAGACAGUGGUUAGUCAUGACAGGCUGAGGGUAGUACGCUUACGUACCCUACAACACUAGAUGAGAUCGUAGUUUAGCAAUGUACACGUGGUUAAAUAUACGAGUGUAUUCCAUAGCAAUGAAGUUGAUAUGUGUCCGUAUCAACGUACACGUGAAUAUGUAGGUGUCUUGGCGUGUGUUAGGUAAGUCGGUAGACAUAGUGUUAUAUUCAACCAUUUCAUGUGAAUCUCUGGCGAUCUUUCAAGUAAUCAAUCAAACUAGAAAUUUCGCAUUGAUAGCGUAAUUGUGUAUCUUCAUCCUAGAGGACGAUACUGUGAAAGGAUUUUUAUUGUAAAGCUUAUUUCGUACGUUCAUAUUUUGAUAUUGGUUUUUAUUUCUAGACCAUCAUGGAUGUAAUUUGGAUGUACCCAGUUUGUGUGUAACUAGGAACUACUAUUUCAUCUACAUAACAUUUUAACAUGAGAUACAUGGGAAUGUAUCUAUGCUUCAUACGUUCACAUCAUGACAUAUCAACGGUGCAUAGGGUGUCGUAAUUGUUUUCCUUACAUCAUUCGUAAAGGUUUAAGUGUAGUGAGAUAGGGUAGUGUACUAAAACAGUCUGGUACGUUGAUACCGUACGACAAGACCGAAAUGCAGUACGUUUGGGUUGACACAUCAUACGUAAAGGUAUAAGUGUGGUGAGAUAGGGUAGUGUAUUAAAACAGUCUGGUACGUUGACACCGUACGGCAAGACCGAAAUGCAGUACGUGGGAUUGACACAUCAUACGUAAAGGUUUAAGUGUGGUGAGAUAGGGUAGUGUAUUAAAACAGUCUGGUACGUUGACACCGUACGACAAGACCGAAAUGCAGUACGUUGGGGUAGACACAUACGUCAAGGUAUAAGUGUGGUGAGAUAGGGUAGUGUAUUAAAACAGUCUGGUACGUUGACACCGUACGGCAAGACCGAAAUGCAGUACGUUUGGGUUUACACAUCAUACGUAAAGGUUUAAGUGUGGUGAGAUAGGGUAGUGUAUUAAAACAGUCUGGUACGUUGACACCGUACGACAAGACCGAAAUGCAGUACGUUGGGGUAGACACAUCAUACGUCAAGCCAAAAUUGAUAAGAUUAAGAUAAAAACACUGUACGUCAAGUUAGAUUUUUUUUUCUUUUUUAUAUCUUCAUAGAGAACCACGUACGUCAAAAUUGGAAAUAGCGUAUGUGGAGGAACUUGCCGUACGUCAAGGUAAAAAUGAAUAUCAUCAUGGUGGAAUCCCCGUAAAAUCAGGAUAAGACUAACCUACGUGGCGGGGUAAUCUCCUCGUGAAUUACGUCAUUAUUGACAUACAUGACGUCAAGAUUGAUAUAAUGUUCGUAAGGAUUCCCCCGAAUGUCAAAUUUCAAAUUAAAAAUGCCUUGCGUCAACACAAAAACGCAGUAGGGUGAUUUUUUGGAACGAUGUGCAAACUUAGUCCAUAAUAUAUUUGAAAAGGUUGAUGAUUCCAUUCAGUACUGACUGAUAAGUAGGAAACUUACUAUAUAAACUGUGCACUAUCCUGGAAUAUAUCAUCCCCAGUAGCACUUGUGAACAUCAUCAUCAAUUUUGGUAUUCUUGUCGAUGAAAUGUUUCUAGAAAAGCAAUGUCCUUUUCUUUACCGGACUUAACGUACUAUGCAUAUCAAUUUAAAUUUGCAUUUUGAUAUACGUACAGAGUAAACCCAACUUCAGUCAUAUUAACCUAUCGGAAGAUCAUUCACACCGAAGGUUAACGAGUGCUACCGGAGAUUACCGAUGUCGGCAUAUCACGUUGUCUUGUUCUCCCCGAGUUGACCUCAUCUGAAGAACGUGUUCAAAAUAUAAUACUUAGUUUUGUAGACAUAUUAUUGGCAAAAAUCAAUUAUUAUUAUAAAAACAUGUAUGUUCAUUCCAUAUAACCCGGCUCGAGGAAGUCUGUAGACAAAAUAUAUAAUAUUAUUGUGAAAAUGAGUAUGCCAAAUUCCAGUCACGUGGUUUCCAAAAAAGUUGCUCAGCCAAUAAGUGAGAGAAAAAUUACUUAAUGUCAUCAGAUAAUUAGUUUAAAGUUAACGGUAUGUAUGUUUAUACUAAAACGCAACAAUAUGUAGGAACGAACAGGACAGACGCGCCCAAGCCCCUUUUAUAUAUUACCAAACGGAUUUACAAUUAACUAAGCAAUUAACACACUAUUAUUCUGAAGUCCUUGUUAAAGGUCAUAUGUGUAUAUUGCGUGUGAGAUGAUCAUUAGAGAAAAGCACUUCAUACCACAUUCGAUUGGUCAUUUACUCUAGACUCCGUGACCAAGUCUCUUUCAGACAUGUUUUCUUCUAGGCCAAAAGGGAGAGAGCAAUUCUUCCCUAUAGUACGUGACGGUAAUGGAGCAUCGGUUUCAGCAGACCGAAGGAAGCAUUUUUAGAUUCGGAAUUUGUUCACAGAUAUUGACGGACUCUCUUCCUUCGAAGGGUGUUAUUUUAUUAUAUCUGUUCCCGCUGGUACAGGAUUUUGUAACAAAUGUUUGCUGUUGAUAUAUGCAAUGUUGUUCAAAUGUGAUGUUAUUUAAUACUGUUUCCCAUAUGACUAGUUUAGGUAAAUAAAGUACAAAUAAGCGUC